UAGCCGGAGAAAUGGUGAGGUCGAAUAGAUCUAAGCUUGCAGAGCGUAUAGGCAAGGGUAAAGUUACUCCGAUGCAGGUCGCUUACCUCGUCGAUCGAUACCUUUGCGAUAAUCGCUUCUUAGAGACCCGAUCCAUCUUCAGAUCUGAAGCUUCUUCUCUCAUCUCCAAAUCCCCUGUUCGUGAAGUUCCGCACAGUUUGAUACCUCUGGUUGAUAUUUUGAACGAAUACAUAAGCCUCAAGGAGCAGAAAGUUGUGGUGGAUCAGGAGAAAGCGAGACUGGAUCAGGAGAAAACUCGGGUUCAGAAUCUAUUACACGGGAUGCAGAAUGUGAUGAACGCUUACAACUCCACCGCCGUCGCUCCUCCUCCGGCGAUCCCGUCAGCAUCUCCGGCGGCUAUGCAAGUGGUUGUCUCUACUUCUCAACCUAGCAACUUAGGCGUCUCUCCUGCAGGCGGCACACCUAAUCUUAUGCAAGCAACAUUGCCAGGCAACAAAAGAGUUGGGAAUUUCACAGUACCCUCUAGCAGCCAAUCUAUAACCAAAAAGCGAAAGAGCCCUGAGGUUUCUGUAGAAGCUCCUCCUUCUGUAUCUAGGAAAGGGAUGAAAAAGAUCACACUAGCUGAUAAGAACAUCAACUACUUGACAUUUGGAGCAUCAUCGGAGACGCAAACGCCGGUGAACAACUGUGUAGCUAACGGUUCAUCUGAUCUUACAUCAAGUGUGGCAAAGUGUUUGUUCAACAGAUCAGACAUGUCACCUCCGAGCAAUUCAUCUAUUCUGAGGACACCACAAAAGCAAGUAUCUCCUCAGAGCGAUAGAUCUACCACUCCCCGGCAAGAAGUUACUCCUACAAAGUGCACAAUUGUUACCAAGGAGAGAAUCACAGUCAGUCCUAACAAACAAAUUGGUUCUUAUACAGUGGAAAGGAGCCAUAUGGUUUCUUCUUUUUCUCCGGUCAAGUCUAAUCUGAAGAUGUCUAGUAAAAGAGAUCAUGUGAAAGGAAGGCUCAACUUCGAUGACACUGAAGCCACAAUGCAAUUAGAUGCACCUGCCACUGAAGAUUUGGUCUCAAGUUCCUCUUCUGGCUCUGAAGCAGACACUGAUUUGUUUGACAUAGAUUUUUCCAAUAUAGAUCUUCUGAGUGAAAACUUUCCGUUCGGGGAGCUCCUUGUCGAUUUCGAUCUUGGUUGUGAAGGAAUGCCUGACCCUUGCCUCCCACAAUCCUCAAAAUUUCACAUAGAGAAUGCUUCAGGGUCAUCUCCUGAAUCAAUGAACGGGAACCUAGUGCCUGACCAGGUCGUAUCAGAGUAUACCUCAACAGUUACAGAAAUGAUUCAAGGAAAAGACAUAAACACACAAGGAUCCGACUCCAUGACUACUGUAAAGUCCAGAACAAAAUGCCUAAGAAUCUUAAGUCCUGCCAAGAGCUGCAGGCCAAGAAAUCACAAUUGACUGAUUUGAUCUACACUUAAAAAACUCCCAAAAUGAAAAAUGCAUAUCCUCUGAGUUGGCCUAACCACGCUUCUAGAUAUUAACGUAGAUCACAAUUUGUGGGACUGCAAUCCUUCAUUCCUUUGCUUGGCUCCUAAAUAGUUCUAUUUAUAUGUAAGUUACCAAUAUAAAGUAAUUUCAGUUUACCACCAAAACUAUUUGAAUCAACUACUUCUCCGUUCUUCA